AUGGAUGCUACUCGGAUUGCCCAUAUUUAUUUCAAGGAAAUUGUGUGUCUACAUGGUGUCCCCCAAUCAAUCGCUUUUGACCGUGACUCCAAGUUCAUGAGUCAUUUCUGGAGGAGCUUGUGGGACAAACUAGGGACGAAGUUGAACUUUAGUAGCAACUACCAUCCCCAAACAGAUGGUCAGACAGAGGUGGUGAAGUUGUCCAUUCAAGAGAGUAAUUCCAAGCACAAGGCUCAGGCAGAUAGUCAUCGUCGUCAGGUACUCUUUGGUGUUGGUGAUCUUGUGUGGGUAGUAUUAACACGUGAUCAUUUUCCAGUUGGGGAGUAUAAUAAACUUAAGGAGCGAAAGAUUGGACCGUGUGAAGUGCUCCAGAAGAUCAAUGAUAACGCUUACAGGUUGCGUCUUCCCAGCCAUUUGAAGACUUCCUAUGUCUUUAAUGUGAAACAUCAAAGUCUAUGUUUUGUGGAGUCUGAUAAAGCUAAUGUGAACUUGAGGGUGAGUUCUUUCCAACCCGAGGCGACUGAUGCAGGAGGAUUCGAGUCGAGUGACGUUGAUCUGUCAAAUAGUUUGUUGAUGACGUUAGAGAAUCCGGAUUGA